AUCCGGGAAAGGAGGGGUUCGUGGGGAGGAGGCUCCGCACCACCGAGAGGGAGGAGGGCGGGCGCGCAGUCCCAGCCCAGCGCUUCAAAACAGCCCGGUGGCCUCGCCUCGCGCCCCAGCCCAUCCGUUGGUCCAGCCGCCAGCGCCUGCACAUCCCGCCCCCCUCUCUCUGGGCUCUUAACGUGACGUGACCCCCGGCCCACCGUGCCCUGUGAAAAUGCUGGUGCUUCUGGCUUUCAUCAUCCUCUUCCACAUCACCUCCGCGGCCUUGCUCUUCAUCGCCACCAUCGACAAUGCCUGGUGGGUAGGGGAAACGUUUUCUGCAGAUGUCUGGAGAAUCUGCCUCAACGCCACGAAUUGUACAGAAAUCGGUUACGACUUUGACGAUUACGCCACGAUGCAGGUGGUCCAGGCCACCAUGAUCCUGUCCACCAUCCUCUGCUGCGUCGCCUUCCUGCUCUUCCUGCUCCAGCUCUUCCGCCUCAAACAGGGGCAGAGAUUCAUUUUAACCUCCAUCAUCCAGCUCCUGUCAUGCCUGUGCGUCAUGAUCGCUGCUUCCAUUUACACGGACCGACGCCAAGACUUUCACGCUAAAAACAAGCAGCUCUACUCCCAGACCUCGGGGGGCAGCUAUGGCUACUCCUUCAUCCUGGCGUGGGUGGCCUUCGCGUUCACCUUCAUCAGUGGCCUCAUGUACCUGAUCCUGAGGAAGCGCAAAUAGGCACCAGCCGCUCGGUCGCUUCUGCCGCAGCACAGAAUCCACGUCCAGAUAACCGUUUUGUAUAUAAUCA